AUGCCACCAAGAUUGAAUAUUCCUCCGGUGACGAAAAUACUACUCAUCGCAUUAACAUCGCUGUCCAUUUUAAGUGCAGCAAUUCGAUAUAGACAAUGGAACCAAGAAACUGCCGCAGAUCUUCAUAUAGUAGUUCCAUACCUGUCGCUCGUACCUCAACUAUCCUUCAUAUAUCCUUGGACUCUCCUGACAACUACAUUGGUGGAGAAUAAUGUCUUUACGUUGGGCAUAGCUGGGUUGACUUUAUUCUAUGGAGGAAGAUAUUUGGAACGAGCAUGGACAUCUGCGGAAUUUGCAAAGUUCAUUGUAGUCGCAUCUCUUGUUCCUAAUCUUCUUACAUUUGGGACCUUGGUUCUUUGCUUUGCUGUGACUGGUGAUAUGAGCUGGACCUCGAUCAAUGGAACUAUCCCUCUCCAAAUAUCCUUCUUAAUCGCCUUCUCCCAACUCGUACCUACGCAUACUGUCACCCUCUUCAAAGGCAUCAUUUCCCUCCGCGUGCCCCGCUUUCCCUCCCUCCACCUUCUCACUAUCCUCACCCUCUCCUUUUUUCAACUCCUAAGUAUCGCCUCCGUCUUCCUCGUCUCAUGGGCCUUCCUCACCUCCUGGACUUACCUCCGUUUUUACAAAUCCGCCUUUCCCGAUCUCGACUCCCACCAAACUCCCACUCUCCGCGGUGACGCCAGCGAAACCUUUGCAUUCGCCGAAUUCUUCCCCGGCCCUCUCAAACCCCUCGUCGUUUCACUCUCAGAUGCGAUCUUCAAUACUUUAGUAGCCAUCAAAAUAUGCACCCCAUUCUCCGCAGCGGAUGUUUCGGCUAGCAGAGGCGAAUCCUCAUUUAUACAACAAAGAAGUACACCCGGUGGAGCGAGAGCAGAAGCAGAAAGAAGGAGAGCAUUAGCGCUCAAAGCGCUAGAUCAGAGAUUACACGCCGCGACGGCUAAAAGUGUUCCACCGCCUGCGCCUACGGGUCCAGCGGUAGCGACUCAACCGCAACCAGGCACACAAACGGCAAUGACGAGUCAAGCGAGUGGAAUGUUGGGGGAGACGAAUUAUGUGCCAGAGGGGCAUGGAGAUGAGGGGGUAAAGGGGUCAUGA